CCAGGCCUGGCCCCCCCCGAGCACCUGAUCCGGGUGGAGGGGAACCCCCAAGCCCGUUACCAUGACAACGAGACCACGCGGAGGCACAGCGUCACCGUGCCCUACGAGCCCCCCGAGGUGGGCUCCCCCUGCAGCACGGUUCUCUACAGCUUCAUGUGCAACAGCUCCUGCAUGGGGGGCAUGAACCGGCGCCCCAUCCUCAUCAUCCUCACCCUGGAGGGGCCCCAGGGGCAGGUUCUCGGCCGCCGCUGCUUCGAGGUCCGCGUCUGCGCAUGCCCGGGCCGCGACCGCCGCUUGGAGGAGGAGAACCAGAGCCGGAGGGGCGGGGCCAAGCGCGCUCUGCCCCCCCCCAUUGAGGCCCCUGAGAGUUCGAAGAAGCGGGUGCUGCCCCCCGACAAUGAGGAGUUCUCGUUGGUGGUCCGCGGCCGCCAUCGCUAUGAGAUGCUGAAGAAGAUCAAUGAUGCCCUGGAGGCCUACGAGGGGGGGGCAGCCCCGGAGCGACCGGUCAAAGGUCGCCGGGCGCGGGGGGCGGAGCCUCUGCCGCGCGGGAAGAAGCUGCUGCUGAAGGGGGAGGGGCCGGACUCGGACUGAGGCCACGCCCCC